AUGCACAGCUCGAACAAUACGACUGUAUCAACCAAUGAAUUGGUGGAAAGCGAACAGCAUAUAUUGAAUUUCUUGGACUCCAUGGAUAGUUAUCUUACCCUAAUGGAUUCUCUAUCUUCAUCCCUUCGCCAGGGAUGGCUGGAUUUAGCCAGUGCCCGACAGUCAAUGGGUGCUUUACGUGUGAGCAGCGUCUUGUUUGACCUCAAAUCUCACCAUGCUUCAACGACAUUGCAAGUACACAAUGGUGAUCCUAAUAUGGAGUUGCCACAUUUCACGCUGAGCAAAUGGGCAUCCUCUGAUGAUCCUGAGAAGCAUUCUGAGAAAGCCAAAUUUGAGGACGAUGAGUUUUUGCAAAACAAGUCUAAUGAUAGCCCACGAGAACAGAAUCAUGAUACACCUCAAAGCCCCAAACCUCUCGAGAGGAGGGAUAGCGGUGGAUCUCCUAUUACUCCCGAUAAUCAAGCUCAAAGAGAAAGAUUCAAAUCCCUCUCUAUGUUCGGAACACUUGUAUCCCCUAAGCUUCGUGCAACUCAACUGUCAUUCGAGACAGCUCUGGAAAUGCUAAUAGAGAUAGCAAACAUGAGAGCCUCUUUGCUGUGCGCUUACAACCAAGUGCUGCAUGAUCAGAAGACGGCCAAAUGA